UGUGAUCAGGACUCACUGUAUAUCUAUAUAGUUACCCUAGUUACCCCCUAGUUAUUCCUAGUUACCCCUAUAUAGCAUGGCGAAUAAGAAGAUACUGUACGUAGGAGGGCUCGCUGAAGAAGUUAACGAGAAGGUUCUACAUUCAGCUUUUGUAGUGUUCGGGGAUGUGUUGGAUGUGAAUAUUCCCAUCGAUUACGCUACUAACCAACACCGAGGCUUUGGGUUUGUGGAGUUUGAAAGUGCUGAAGAUUGUGCCGCUGCGUUAGACAACAUGAACGAGAGCGAGAUAUAUGGGCGUACUAUAAGAUGCAACAUCGCCAAACCCAUGAAAAUGAGUGAAAGGUCAAUGAAGGCAGUGUGGAGUGAAGAUCAGUGGAUUCAGGAGCAUCAGAGUAAACCUGAGAGCGACAAUAUACCGGUGGAGAUAGUGGACUCCAAUAAGCAGGAAACUGUAUCUAGGAAGUCUAAACCUCAGGUAUACCUAACGAUAAAGAUAGGUAAACAACAAGUUGGUAAGGUAAUAAUUGAGUUGAGGUCGGAUGUGGUUCCUAUGACUUGUACUAAUUUUCUCGAACUCUGCUCACAUGAAAAAGGUUUUGGUUACCGGGGGAGCAAGUUCCACCGUAUCAUACCUGGAUUUAUGUGUCAAGGUGGAGACUUUACUAACCACAAUGGCACUGGGGGUAAAAGCAUAUUCGGGAAAAAGUUUCAAGAUGAAAACUUUGUUUUAAAGCACACAAAGCCGGGUACGAUGUCCAUGGCUAACUCAGGACCCAAUACUAACGGCAGUCAGUUCUUUAUUUGUACCGAGAAAACUGAGUGGCUUGACGGAAAACACGUGGUCUUCGGCGAGGUAAUAGACGGAAUGGAUAUAGUCAGACAGAUGGAGGCUUGUGGAACUAAAGAUGGCAAACCUUCUAAACCGGUUGAGAUAGUGGAUUGUGGUGAAGUUAGCUAGUGAACCUCCUCCACUACUACUAAUACUGCUACUCUUCAUUACCUGAUAGUUCACAUUUUGGUGAUCUACUGACGAGAAUAUAUCAAGUACACCAACCCCUUGUUAUUGAGUUGACUACAGUUAAACAUUUUUACAAUAACUGCAGAGGUUUCAGAUUUGCAUACUACUAGUAACUGCUAGUAACUAUUAGGAACUGCUAGUAACUACUAGUAACUGCUAGUAACUACUAGUUACUGCUAGUAACUGCUAGUAACUUGGAGAUACUACUUACUAUGAGAAACAGAAUUCUCUGAACAUUUACAACUUUGCUGGAAUAAUUUUAAUAAUAUGAUAUAUUAUGAUAA